AUGAGCGAUUUCUUUGACUGGGAUAGAGAUGAUGAAGAAGAUGCGAAGCAAGAUUUCAAAGCAGCGAUGGUGAAACAAUUCAACGAUAUUUAUGGAACAGAUCCCGACAAUCUUGAGAAUUGGCAGAAGCUUUGUCAUGUGCUGAACAUCGAGCCAGCCCCUACACGUUUGGAAGCAUGUCGCGAGCGUGUACGUCGGACACAUGUUAACUUGGUUGAUCUCGUCGAGACUGCGAACACUGGGUUGCCGGUUAAAGUGUUUGAGAGCCUGGAGCAGCUACAGGAUUAUACUGUUGAGAACGAAAGGUUCUUCCCCAAGUAUAGCGCUUACCACGGCGGUUUGCUCAGGUUCUUACUCCGCCAGAUUUUUCAUUGGUUGGGCACGCAAGAAGAAACAAACUUUGAAUGUGAGACCUGCGACCGCUACUUCAACGACAAGCAUGCUGUUGAACAGCAUAUGAGCGCACUGAAUCACUGGGCCGAUUCGCCAUCGGAAGAGUCAGAUUACUCCAGCUACAUUUGCGAGUUCGAUUUUUGUGACGAGGAACUUGACACUGCAGAUGAUCUAAGGAACCAUGAGAUUAAUGAUCAUUUGUACUGCGAUCCAUGCGAUCGGUCUUUUAAAGAUCUUAACAGUAUCAAGAUGCACCUCCGAAGUAGGGUACACCAAGGAGAAACUCAACACUGCCCCUUCUGCGGCCAAUCAUACGUGACUGCCGCCGGUGUGUUCCAACAUCUCGAGAACAAGGGCUGCUCUAAAGCUCCUUUAAACAGGGCGAUGGUCUACGAAGCAGUCAGAAGCCGGGAUCCCAACGGCACACUAACCAAGAAACUGCUCGACUGGUCCAAGUCCGUCCGUUUAGAGGCCACUGAGAGAUCCCUGAAUGCAGUCACAGGAGCCUUCGACUGCUCUCUGUGUGGGGCUUCUUUCAAUCGACUCCAAUCUCUUACCCAACACCUCCAGUCGCCAAAGCAUGAACAAAAGUUGUAUCAUUGCCCGAAGAAAGGUUGUGAUAGGCGAUUUACCACGCUCUCUGCCGUUACCAGUCACUUGGAGAGUGAGCAAUGCGGUUUCAUGCGCUUCGAAGAUGUUCAAGAGGUCCUGAACAACUACAUCCCAGUAGAGUUGAUCCUUUGGAUCUUCUUCGAGCCUAACAAGAUUGAUUAUUGUCCGGGUGAAGGAUUGAUAUCAAGUGAUUCCAUAAUGGCAUGUACGGCAAAUGGAAGCGCUACAAUGCGCUAUAGCCACUGUUAUUCUACAUGGGAUAGCGAUCUAAAAGUCCUCAGUGUCCAUGGUAAAAAGCGUCGUGUUAUCUUGAAAGUUACUUGCUGA